CACACCAACAUCACGAAAACAAAUAGCGGUGCGCCAAGGAGUAUGACGACCUGAAAUAAUCGAGAGAGAGAGUGAAAAAAAAAAGUCACACAGGGGACACUUUUUUUUUCUUUUUCUUUUUUUUAGUAACCAGUUUCACUUCCACGAACCGGAGGAGGAAGCGAUACUGACACACUGCUUCACCGUCACCGAGCUGCGCGUCUGAAACAGCCGGGUUUUAACUUUGUACUUUCUGACCUUCAGCGGCUAUCACACCAUCUUUCGGGCUGGACUGUGCAGCAGCUGCUCGGCCCCCACGCCCCCCUGCCAUGGUGUCCCGCGUAGGCAUGCGCCAGCUGCUCAUGCGCGAACAAAUGCAGCAGGAGGAGCAGCGGGAGCGCCAACGUCACCUGCACCACAUACAGCACCGGCCGCCCGGACCUCCUGCUUCCUCACCCGCCAUUAAUGCACCCGUGCACUUCCCGGCGCCAAUGCAGGUGCCUGUUGAGGUGCUGAAGGUACAAACCCAUCUGGAGAACCCCACCGACUACCACAUACGCCAGUCUCAGAGGCAGCAGGUCAAAGAGUACCUGUCCAGUACCUUCGCCCCCAAGCAGGCCGUCAGUGCCGCAGCCGGUGUAGUCCACCCCUCUCCACCAAGCAUGCCUCAGUGCCAGUCAGCCGGUGCCAUGCAACCCCUGCCCUCACCUUGCACAUCACAGCUCGUCGCCUCAGCAGGGAACAGUGCCCCUAACAGUCCUAUGGCCAUGCUGAACAUCAGCUGCAGCCAUGAGAAAGAGAUGGAGGAAGUGAUUGAGGACAUCAUCAGCAUGCAGUCCAGCUAUGACGACAUACAUAAUUAUGGUGACCCCAUGGUGCAGAUGCCAAACACACUCCCUCUGCCCAGCCAUUUGGAUGUGUACACUGGUCCUGGUAUGGCAGGUCAUACCAUCGCCACGACUAGCAACUCCUGCCCUGCCAACCUACAUCACAAGAGAGAACUAUCAGAUGUUGAAGCUCGUGCAUUGGCCAAGGAGAGACAGAAGAAAGACAACCACAACCUGAUUGAAAGGAGAAGGCGGUUCAAUAUCAACGAUCGCAUCAAGGAGCUGGGAACCAUGAUUCCUAAAACUAAUGACCUGGAUGUCCGUUGGAACAAGGGCACUAUUCUCCGGGCCUCUGUGGACUACAUUAAACGAAUGCAGAAGGACAUCCAGAGAACAAGAGAAGUGGAGAGCAACUUCAAGAGGAUGGAGGUGGUCAAUAAGCAAUUGUGGCUCCGUAUCCAGGAGCUGGAGAUGCAAGCCCGGAUGCACGGUCUGCCUAGCACCUCGCCAUCGGGCCUGAACAACAUUGAGCCCCAGAACCAGUUUGUGAAGCAGGAGAACAGCCCCGAUGAGCUUCACCACCAGCGACCUCCUCCCCAUCAGCCCCCUCAUCUCCACUCCCAGCCCCCACAGCUCCACCCUCAGCAGCUCCACCCUCAGCAGCUCCACCCCCAGGCUUCUCAGCUCCACCCCCAGCAACCACUGCAGUACUCGGCAGUAGGCAGCACACAGCCCUUCAACUUCAGCCACUCACUGGACUUGUGUGAUGGUGGCAUGGCAGGUUAUGCAGAUGGCAUGGGGUGUCUGGGGGAUCUGGGCUCUAUAGGGGGUACAGUUGGUGGCACCAUGGUUCACGCAGGCAAGAAGAGUGAUAUGGCCUGGAUGGACGAGGCGCUGUCGCCACUGGGCACCGACCCACUUCUCUCCGCCAUGUCGCCCGAGGCGUCUGUGGACAGCAGCCGCCGUAGCAGCUUCAGCAUAGAUGACUCGGACAUACUGUGAAAUGGCUCCAGCACAAAUAUUAACACAUACACACCGAUUUUGUUAAAACACAAAGGGCAACAGCACAUGCAAUUUUUUGUAUUUCCAAGUAUACUUUUAUGGUAUUUAAAUACCAUAGGCAGUCAACAAAACCAAUAUACUCCCGUAGAUAUGAUCUGAUUCACAUAGCGUCUAUACACUCCUAAAACAUACAUACACUAAAUCAGAUACUUACAUAUUCAAAAAAAGAAAACAAGAUUUCACAUGCCAGUACUACCAUAAAAAUCCAAAAAGGCCAUUUCAUUCAACAGAAAGCAUUUGUUGGUGAUUAAAAAAGUUGCAAGCAAUUUUUAAUUCUCAUCCCAACCACUCACAGCUUUAAUCAGUGCCAUACUAUUGGCCUUCAGCAUUAAACCAAUGGGAGAAGGAAGUGGAGCAUAGAUAAAUAUAGAAAUGCAUACAGUAUGUUUUAGAAUUAAACAUUAUCGUCCAAAGGCAGCUUUUUCUCAGGCAUUUUGAAUAAAAAAAACAUCAGGGAGAUCAUCCCAAAAAAUAAGGAUCUAAGGUAACCCUUUAUUUGAAUAUCCCUUUUUGAAGGCACUCAGAAAAUGUUCAUAAGUCCUGUAUAGAUGUUUAUUUGAGGUUUUUAUACUAUAAUAUAUUAUAUAUAAAUGUCUAUAUAAGUGGAAAUACCUGGGCUAGCGGUAGCUCUGAGGUUAAGGUUCUUGUGCUAGUGUCCAGAAGUCACAAAACUGACUAGCUGAAGAAGUCCCUUAAUCCUCAGCUAUUCAUCCUGGAUUAGAUUCUGCCUCACUUAGGGAUUUUUUUAAUUAAAGUGUUACCAACUCCAUUAAUGGUGUGCUCGUAACUGUACCUAAAGUAUUAUUACUAUUUUAUUACUUUUUCAAAGUGGAUCCUUGAAGUAAUAAGUAAUACUUAAGCAAAUAAAGUAGUGUACUAAAUGGGCUUGGUUUCAACAUUAAUGCCAUAUGCAUUAGGUGAUUAGUGUAGCAGGAUGGUCAAGGUGCUAGAAAAAAGUGCAUGUGGUACGGAGCAUGAAACUAGCCUGUUAAUCCAACCAUUGUUCUUCCUCACCAAGGCAGAAUUUCCCCCAUGAAGUGUGAAUCGAAAUGGGGUUAUGCUUAGCCCUCUGGUUCUGUUCACUACUGACUCCUAUUGACCCAGGCCAUCUGUUUUUGAUUUAAUAGCAACACAGCUGUAAAAUCUAUUUAUAAACCGGCCGUGAUAUAUUCAUCGUAGUUAUUAGCAAUAGAAACAAUAAUCACACAUGUGGUCCUCGUUCAUAAACUCCUAGCAGCAUGCGCAUGUGUGUGCACUGUAAAUAAAUAUGGAGAGUGAUGGGAGUAAUGGACUCAAUCAUCUUUUUGUUUUGUUUUUUAAGAAUAGUUCAUUUUUAUCUCUUUUAUUUUACCUUCUUACUCAGGUCAGAAUGACCCAAACAUAAUUUCUGUAAUAUAAAUGACUUUUCCGAUUUAUUUUUAUGUUUGUUAGAAAAAUUAAAGCAAGUUUCAUGUUGAAAAGAUUAGUGUAAACUUGAUUUGGGUCAUUUUACCCUGAACAGAACAUGAGGUUUAAGCUCCUCACUGCUAUGUGCACUUCCUCUCUGCCCUAGGUAACUUUUACAGGGGCAAGGACCUAAUGUUCAAUUCCAGCUAUGAAAUUUCUAAAUAAAAAAAGGAAGUUAAAGAAAGAAUAGUUAUUAGUAGUCUUUGUGAUGUUUUUUGUCCUUCUCUCUCCCAAAGCACUGAAGAAAAUAUUAUGAUUUAAUGCCUUUAUAAUAGAUGAUUUAUUAAGAUUUUAUAUGCCACUAAGCCACUUAAGUGUAUUUUUAUCACGUGUAACUUUUUAUUUUUAUUUGAUCUUCCAAAAAUGACCUUUGCUAUCUCAGUGCAGAGCCAUUUAAAUAUGAAAAUAUUUAAACCACUAGCCUUAUUGUACAUGGCCAGCGGAGCCAUAUAAUAUAUAUUUUGUUUUGUUUUUUUUAUGUUAGAAUUUAUCAGGCUUUUAAGAAAGUAAAAGAACAUGCAUCAUGUUUUUAUAUUGAUUUGAUUUUUUUUUAACAUAGUUAUUCAAAAAUAUAUAUAUAAUGAGUGAUGAUUCUGUAAUUUUAUCAGUUUUAAUUAAAACUUUGUGAAAUGUGAAUUUUUCCUGUUGUACAGUUAAAUAGUUUAAGUAGUUUUAAAUGGAGCAGCAUGAUUUUUUUUUUUUUCCUCCCAUGGUGCCUUCUUUUCCUACAACUAUACCCCCUGUACUGUCAUUAAAGACAACCUGCCUCAGAGUUUAAAAUGUUCUUACAUGGUGUCACUGGCUCAAAGCCUACUGACUUCUAUUUCCUCAGACUUUUAAAGUCCAAAUUCAUCAACAGCCAGCAUUCAAAGAGUCUGCUAGCCUAUGCAGAUCUUUGACUUGGUAAACCGUAACAGACGGAAGCUUUCUGAGCUGUUGUAGUGAUGGGGUUCUUCUAAUUUUGCUUGCAUGUCCUUUUUUUAAAAAAAUAUAUUUUACAGGAAUGAUAAGGUUUGCCGUAAAUGAAGGAAAAAUAUCUUCCCUUUAGAUAACAAGGCCGAUUUUGAUUUAAGUGAUUUGUUACAGUUUUCGCAAAAGCAUCCAAAAGCCUUUUGAAUUCAAUCUUGUAAAAUUUUAUGGACGUGAAUGAUCUCUAUUAUUAAAUGUAUUUAAGAUGAUUA